AUGGCUGGCGACAAAUCUGCGCAUCAUGCGUCAGUUGAAAAAGAUUCAGCCACUCCACUGACCGCGAAGAAGACUCACAAAAGAAAGAGAGAAUCGGAUGGCUCCCCCAUUGCGACAUCGACACCAACACCUACCAAGAAAGCGAAAAAGACUCAGAACCUUUCGCCAACCGCUGCUCAUUCAAAAGGAAAGCCAGGCAAAGAAAAGCGGAACAAACACUCGGAAGAGGACGGUGUUCGCGAAGAAAAGACCAGGAAAGAUAGUGCUGUCUCGCCGAUCAGCAGCAAAGCGAAUGCUAGGAGCUCAGAUGAUAAGGUCUCCAAGUCUAAGAAGAAAUCAAAGGUUGAAAAAAGACGAACUUCUGAAUCUAAUGAGGAGUCUGCACAUAUAAAGGGAUCCCAGGACGACUUGGACGACAGCUCGGAAAGGAAAGAGGACAAGACCGGCAAAACAUUGAAAAAAUCCACCAAAAAUUCUAAAGAUGAGAGCGUCACAAAAUCUGAGAAGAACAAGUUUUCUGGCAUCCUGUCCAAGUUCGAAAGAUCCGCAAAGUUGAAGGAGGCAGCAAAGGCGAAGAAUGACAGUACGGAUAACAGGGCACCCACAGGACCGCUUACAGCAGAACCCGUCGUUGCACAGGGCUUAGAGCCUCUUCCACAACCUGAACAAAUUACAGAAGAAACUGAGAAACCAAGCUAUUCAUCCCUCCCUGCUUGGUUGGCCAAUCCCGUCAGAGAGUCCGCUAGCAAGCGCGCCAGGUUUUCAGAUUUGGGGAUCGACUCAAAUCUUCUUCGCAUGCUCGAAGAUCAUGGAUACAAAGAAGCUUUUGCGGUACAAUCUACGGUUAUUCCACUGCUUCUUCAAGGCCCCAGGAGACACCCGGGUGAUCUUUGCAUAUCAGCCGCUACAGGUUCGGGAAAGACACUGUCUUAUGUACUGCCUUUGGUCACUGCACUGAAACCGACACCGGCGCCCCGGAUGAGAGGGCUUAUUGUAGUGCCCACAAGAGAAUUGGUGAAACAAGCCAGAGAAGCCUGUGAGCUAUGCGCUACUGGCUCUGGACUUCGUAUCGGUUCUGCUGUGGGAAAUGUGGCUAUCAAGGACGAACAGCGCACACUGAUGCGUGUUGACCAAUGCUAUGGACCUGAACUUUCCAAGCAAAGGCAGACUGUCAAUCUCACUGGAGAAGAUUGGACGAAUUUUAAUCUCAUGAACUAUAUUGCAGAAGCAGGAGACUUGGGCGAGUCCCUGCCAGGCUACGUUCAGAAGGCGGAGCCAAACAUUGAUAUCUUGAUCUGUACUCCGGGUCGUCUGGUUGACCAUCUCCGUUAUACCAAGGGCUUCACUUUGGAACAUCUUGAAUGGUUGGUUAUUGAUGAAGCAGAUCGACUUCUGAACGAGAGCUUUCAAGAAUGGGUUGAUGUUGUGAUGAACUCCCUGGAUGCCCGCAAGGAUCCCAAGACCUUCGGCUCCAGCGGUAAGUUUAUGGCUGAGCUGGGGCUUCCAAUUCAAAGCAGAGACCCCCGGAAGGUCGUUCUCAGCGCCACAAUGACGAGAGAUAUCUCCAAGUUGAAUUCUCUCCGACUGGCAAACCCGAAGCUGGUGAUUAUUGGUUCGGCAGAGCCUACUGCAACCGAAGAAGCAGAGCAUGAUGGUGUCCCUACAAGAUCUGAUGAACAAUUCACUCUACCCUCCACGUUGAAAGAGUACUCCGUAUCUGUUGGCGAUGGGUCGCAGAAACCACUUUACCUCCUUCGGCUGCUACAGUCUCAUAUCAACCUGGACACCCACAAUCAACGCUCUGUCGAACGUCUCUCGAGGUCUUCAGACACAGAAGAGUCCAGUUCGGACGAUUCGAGCUCUGAUGAGUCGGACUCCGACGACUCGGACUCCAGUGAUACCAGCUCGGACGACACGAGCUCUGACGAGUCCAGCUCAGAUGAAUCGGAUUCAGACUCAGAAGACGAUAGCUCAUCGAGCGACGAAUCAGAUUCGUCGUCUGACGUAUCCAUGUCAUCUGAAAGCGACGAAAAGGAAAAGAAUAUUUCUCAUCGUGGGCCUGCAAGAACGACAGUUCUCAUUUUCACCAAGUCAUCUGAAUCCGCAUCACGUCUUUCUCGGCUGAUUUCACUUCUCGACCCGUCCCUGGCAAAUCGCGUAGGAACGAUUAUUAAGUCUAAUAAGUCAUCAGCCUCUCGGAAAACACUCACUGCCUAUCGACGAGGCAAGCUCUCCGUUAUUGUCGCUACUGAUCGCGCUUCUCGUGGUCUCGAUCUGCAGUCGUUGACUCACGUCGUCAAUUACGACGUUCCUCACAGUGUUACGACAUACGUGCAUCGUGUUGGACGUACAGCUAGAGCAAGCAAGGAGGGCUCGGCCUGGACGCUUGUUGCACACCGUGAGGGCCGUUGGUUUGUCAACGAGAUUUCCAAGGGCUCGGAUGGCAAGAUUACGCGAUCCACCAAGGUUGAGAGGGUGAAUGUGAAGCUGGACACCACGGCCGAGAUCAAGUCGAGAUACGCAGCUGCACUGGAUGCCCUGGAGAAGGAGGUAAAAACGGGCGGAAGUAAAACUACAGAGUCUAGAGCUUAG